CACACGCCGGUCAGUCGUCAACAGCACCACACGUUGUUUAUUCGUCUUUGUAUUCACACGCGCACGUAAAAUAUAACCAUCUACCUAUAAAAUCGUAAAUUAAAAACUUAUCGAAACCACAUAUUCUCGUCGUAGUAUCGUAUAGUGGAUUAGUGGACUGCAACGAUCUGUUAGCGUUUUCGAUAUAGUUAAUAGUAUAAUUUCAUAACUAUAUUAGUUUUCAUUUUUUUUUCGUCGACACGAUAGUUUGAUUUGAUAACAUCCCUCUGAGUGCGUUCCGAAAAUCCAACAUCCAGGAUCCACGAAGCAGCGUACUGUAGACUUCCGAUCAAGUGUCAGCGACAUUUGUUCCAGACGUGCAUACCCAUUACUUCAAUAUCCUCAGUAGAUAUUACACUACACCUAUCAUUUUACACGUGAGUCGUUGGCUUUAUUCGUUGGUCCGUCACCCAUUGUCGACUUCCUACAGACAUCGAGCAAACGGCGUCGACGUCGAUAUGACGACAUCCGUGGCCUAACCAGUGCUAUUCUACCACAUUAGCCGUUCGAUAGCGAAAACAGAUACAACAUUUACAUAGCGAUAGACUGAUAUACGCCACUUCGUGAUGAAUCGGUCCACUUAUGCGGCCGCUCUGGUAGUGGCCAUUGCGCUCUGCCACGUCGUAACCGUCACAGGAUCCGAAGAGUCAGUGGCUGUAACAACGAAUAUGAAUACGACUACAGACGAUCCACAGAGUCAGCUGAUGGAUAUAGUAGACAGGCUAUUGGACGCGGCUGAUUCGUAUCAGCUAGCGCCAGGCAUCCGGAUCAAGCGGUCCGCCGAGGAUACAGCCGAAAUCACCGCCGAUAGUCAGGCUGACCGAGAUCACGAUCCCGAAAAGUAUCUGAUCGACAGGCUGGCCCGGUACGCUGGUACGCACGUUCUGGACGUCGACUUUGCUGAGAUAUUCCAGACGUCCGGAAGAUCGUUCUUCAAACAUCAUUUGCCCAGAUUUAACUUUGGUAAGAAUUCAUUUUUGACUGGUUUUGGAUUGGGUUUUUUGGCGUUCGGAUUGAAAAAAUUAUUGCUUCCGGUCAUCAUCGGUGCGCAGAUCAUUAAAUCCAUUGCACUUGCCGCUUUGUUACCGACACUUUUAGGUAGCGUUGGAAAAGUAGUUUCAAAAGGCGUGUCGAACUUCGCGUCGAGUUCUUCGCACUUUGGGCCUGGAGCCGGUUCGGACGGUUUAAGCGACUUUGAAUUUAAAGACCAACAGUCAAACAUUGGUCUGGGUUACGACACGGCUGGUGCCGCGGACACUUCGGGUUCGGAAACGGGUUACCAGAGUAUUUGGACGUAUCCACCAGAUAACAAUGCGAAUGCGAUAACCGCGAGCUACAGUAGCAACAACAGGUAUCCACUGAAAUAUGGCCAAAAUACUGUGUCCAACACCAAGCUCCAGUCGGGUAAUUAUUACACAAAAGACAAGACCGAGGACUUUAAGGUAUUCCAAACGAUACCAGCCAGCUCACACCUGUUGGCCAACUACGAUCCAUUUUACAGUCCACUCUUGUCCAGAAUCGACACGGUAUACAAGCAGCUCGGGUACACAACUGAACCCUGCCGGGAACGAUUGGUGUGUCAGAUGUACAAGAACCCAGCCAAGUUCGCGCCAUACAGCAAUCUCGUAUCAGCGCAACUCAGCAGAGAGCUGAACGAAUUGCGCAAACCGUCGUCCGAGAAUCCAGAGAUAUUGCGAUUUUUCAAGUACAUGAAAGCCGCCAAAGAUGGUCAAGACAACAAAAAUUGUGAGAUGAUAUUCUCGUCGUGCGUUUCCCAAAGAUCGCCAGAUGAUUCGGUGCCCAUGAUGACCACUUACAACGAAAUAAACAAACUGGUACAGGCCCGAAACGCGAAGAGACUGGCGGAAUCGUCCACUGUUUCCGAAAACGUUAAGUCGGAAUCAUCCAUCGUCGCUGAUGACGUAAAGUUUGAAUCAUCCACCGUUACUGAAGACGUUAAGUCAGAAUCGUCGACUGUCUCCGACUACGUUAAGUCGGAAUCAUCCACUAUCGCUGAUGUAGAGUCGGUAUUAACAUCGAAGUGAAUAACGACGUUUUUUUGAUCCAUGACGCAGCGUGGCAGCAUAUAUUCAAAGUCAUUAGGAAAUAUAUACGAUACCUCGUCUAGCUCAACGUAGUUUUGUAGUUGUAGUUAUUCUGUAUAGUUACGGUUAUAUAGUUAGUAUGCGGAAUGCGCACACAUCAUAGAAUUAUAGUUAUUUAUUGAGUGCGCGGCAUACUGUUAUAUAUCGGUAUAACGCGCCCGUCGUAUUUUUAUCAUAAAAAUAAUAAUAAUAAUUUAUUGUGUAUACGCCGUGAACAUAAUAUUUCGAUAAUUUGUCAUAGUUUUUGCGCCUAAUCGAGCUGGAUACAUUUAUAUUUUAUUCUUUGUUCGAUCGAAAUACGCAGAGUGCCAAUAUUGGAGUCAUCGCUCUACUGACAAAUUCGUCGAACUUUAUGUUUUCGAUACCUAUUAAAUAUAGUUUACUGCCGAAAUAAUUUUUGUUAAUUUGGACAGAAAUUGUUUAAAUUAUAUCAAGUUUGGUCAAAAUAUAAAAUCGUAUUUCUAAUUCCAUUUUUGGUAUAUUUAUUUAUUUAUUUGAUUAUUUAUUUAUUCGAUUUUGAGUUGCUCAACCUGAACAGCGGGACGAAAGUACGCAAAAUAAGUUUUCUUAACGGUUUAAAAUAUAACUUGUGAUAUCGGUACAAUCAUUAUGUAAAUAUACCAAUAUAGCUUACUUCGCUAUCAUACUAUUAUUACGAUGAUUGGUUUAUAAUUAACGGUAUUCCUAAUUUUUAUGAAAAACAUUUCGAGACGUUACGAAGAUAUUAGAAUAUUAUCCAUGUUAUUGGUUGAACAUAUUACUAUAAACCAUAUUAUAAGAUAGAAAUGUGGUUUAAUAUUUAUUAUUAUAUUAUAUCGUAUUCAGAAAUUUCUUGAAAAUAACACUUUUACGUUGUGUUGAGUUUUAAUUAAUAACUAAUACUAACGUAACAGUUAUAUGUAGGUAUCACACAUAGAUACAAUACUAUAUUUGUACAAUAUUGAUAAUUAUUUGUUAUAAAUAAAAUGAAGUGCCUAAUUUAUUAUAUCAGUGAUAUUAUUAUAAUAAUAUUAUUUAUUUAAUUUUAUAUUGUAUUCCAUCUUUGUUUAUCCAAUACACAAGAUCUGGUUAAUUUUACUUUGCGGGUGAUUUAAUAAUGUUGAUUACAUUUAAAGAUUGUAUCCAACGCCUGUAUUUAUAUGAUAAAAUAUUAUAUUGUUUUAAAUUAAUUAUAAAUUAAUAUAUUUAUUAAUGUUUUAUAAUUUUGUAAACACCAAACACAUAAUGUACCUAUAGCCAUACAAUGUAGAUAAAAUAUAGCAUAAAAUAAGUAAUGAGAUAGUAAAGUUGUAUAUUUAUCAUUGAUGUAUUGAGUAUACAACUGUACAUUCAUUUUAUUAGUAUUAUUAUAGUCAGUAUUUUGUAAAUUAUUUAUGCACUAAUCAAACACAGUUGGUUAUAUAAUUUUUUA